AUGAGCAACCCUGAGAUGGAGGGACUUAUCCGUUCGCAGAACGAACUGCACGGACGCAUCGCACGCGCCUAUGAAAACUUGAAGAAAGCGGGAGGCGCAAGAUUGACAAUGGGACUGGUGAAUGCUCGCCUCCAAGCCUUGGAAUCGAACUGGAACAAGUUCGAGGAACAACACGGCAAACUGCUAUUAAUGCCUCCAGAUGUUCUCGCCGCCACUGACUAUAAGGAACAGGACCUCCCGGCUUUGGUGGAGGAGACCUUCUUAACGCAGAAGGGAAUGUUCCUGGACGUCCUCCUGUCGCACAAGGCGAGGGAGGAGGCUGCAGCUAAGAAUGAGACUUCGGAGACGGCGACAACGACGAAUCGCACCACGUUACCGCGGAUUCAGCUGCCGGAAUUCUCAGGCAAAUACGAGGACUGGCCGUCGUUCCGCGACCUCUUCCACUCUCUCAUAGGCCGGGACGCUAACACGACGCCGGUGGAAAAGCUGCACUACCUCAAAACUUCCUUGAAAGGUGAGGCUGAGUUAUUAGUCCGGAAUAUCGCGACGACGGCCGAAAAUUAUGACAGUGCGUGGGACGUAUUGAAUGCGUAUUAUGAGAACAAGCGACUUCUCACCCGCGCGUAUCUGUCCAAUUUCCUUGCGCUAACGAAAAUGAAGAGUGAAUCGGCGGUCGAGCUUCGAAAGAUUUUCCACGGCGUCAAAGCAACGGUCAGCUCGUUGGCGAGUAUCGGUCGGCCUAUAAACCGUAGCGAGGACUUAUUCGUUUAUCUGGCGGUCGAGCUACUGGAUCCGCGUUCGCGACGCGAGUGGGAAACGUCAAUCGGCGACACGACCGAGCCUCCGACGUAUGCGACUCUCGAGCAAUUCCUGGAUCGGCAGCUGCAUACGCUCGAGUCGAUGCAGCCUGCUAAGGUCGACGGAGCCGCCGGUAAGGCCGCGAGCGGAGCCGCCAAAUCCGCGCGGAGCCACCUCGCUCGGAAGCAGGAGGGAAAUCCGGACGCCAAGCGAGGUCGUUGCCACUGCUGCCAAAAGGACCAUAUCCUCAUGUUCUGCGAGGACUACAAGAGGAAAACAGCCCAGGAACGGAAGCAGCUCGUCGACAACAAGAACCUGUGCCUGAACUGCCUCGGUUCUCACAAGGUCAGUGAGUGCGCGUCGAAGAAGGGGUGUGCAGCGUGUGGCGCGCGACACCAUACUUCCGUCCACGAUGCGUGUCGCGAGGUCGAGGUCGCGAAGACGGUUCACGCGGCUCAAAGACUUGCCGUAAAGCCGAGCGCGGUGCUUCUCGCCACCGCUCGCGUCCGCGUAGCCGAUCGGUUCGGAACCUUGCAUCACGCUCGCGCGCUGGUCGACCAGGGAUCGGAGUCGUCCCUUGUGACCGAGCGCCUCGCGCAAAGAUUAAAGUUACCGCGUUCUCGCACGUCGGUUUCGAUAUUCGGCGUCGGCGGACAGAAAACGGCCGUCGCAAAAGGACGCGUAUCGCUGACUCUCGCGCCGCGAACCGACGGCCCCGCGAUGUCAGUCUCCGCGCUCGUACUCCCCCGGCUCACAAUAUACGCCGGCGGUAUCGAGGCCGGCGCUGAAGCGUGGUCUCAUCUUCAGGGUCUGGAGCUGGCGGACCCCGAGUUCAGCGCGUCCGACUCGGUGGACAUCCUCCUCGGUGCCGACGUUUACGCGGAAAUAUUGCAAGAGGGACUUCGCAAGGGGGUAGUCGCGAGCCCGUCGCGCAAAACACGACUCUUGGCUGGAUUCUGUCUGGCGCUAUCGGUGAAGGUGCUUCGAGUCACUUCGCGCAAUCCUACCAGUGCCGUGUCGAGGACAAACUGUCGCAACUAG